AUGGAGACUGUAAAUUUGGCGGUGGAGGUGGGCACCCCGAUCGUGCGCACCGAGGCCAACGACAAAGACGAGGAGAACCGGAUGGCGACAAGCUCGGGGACUGAUCCUCAGAAAAUAAUGACGAUGCGACUCACCCGAUCAUCGACCCGGGAAAUCAACGCGGCGACUAACGGGAUUAGAGGCAGCCUCCCUGUUUCGCAGAUUUUGCCCGGUGAGGUUCAAGAGACGUCCCCACAGGGAGCAAAAGCGCCCCAAGGACGCAGGGGGCUCAAGGCGGGGGCAAAAAGGGUCCACCCUGACGAAGGGGAACCCGAUAAUGAGCCGCCGAAAAUUAACACGGCUCGAAGGGGGAGGAAAGUUGGCGGUGUAGGGUGCGCCGCGCCUCGCCUUAAACUAAAGACUCCGACCCGAAGGAAAAAGGCCACUGGAACCUAUGCCGGGUUGUCAGCCGCCCGCGAAAAUCUGCGGAACAACGUAGGCCGGGAUUCCGAGGAGGAAGACGAAGAGCUGAUGGACAAUGACCAAUGGAGCGAGGGUCGGGCGUCCCCGGUAGGGGAUAAGGACCCCAUUGAGGCGGCACGCCAGGCUGCCCAGACGGUUUUGGAGCAAACGGCGAAUUCCACCGAUAUCAGUGGGUGCGUGAGGGGCGCCAUCAACAACGCUUGCAGCGUUAUUAACGCCGCCAUGGAGCAACUGCAGUCACGGCAUGAGAGUGAGGAGAUCCGCUCCCUCAGAGCGGAUAACAAAAGGAUGCGGGAGGAACUCGCCCUCAUGCGAUCGGAAACAAAAGCGCUUCGGAAAGCCUUCUCCGAGAGGGGAAUGAUAGCACCUCAGGCAGCCCACGGCAUGGACCCUAAUGGGCCAGGGGACCGCCUAAGGGCCGAGGUAGAGGCUCUUCUCGACUCCUUCAGGAAGAAGUUGGAGAAGGAGCUUUUUGUAUCCAUCGGAGGGAUGGUGAACACCAGGCUGCAGGAGGUCCAGAGGCGCCUCCCUCCAGAGCCGAUCCUCCGCCCGCCGCUAGCGGCAGACAGAAAAAGGGCAGAGGGCCCAAACAAUGCGCCUGCCGCUCCGGAGCAAGCCAGCCCGCAGCUGAGGGCGAACAGGGGGCAAUUGGGAGGCAGCGGAAGACAAGGUGCUGCGACAGGGGCGACACUCAUGCCCCCUGCGAGACCUGCGCCUACCAAGCGGAAUAAGAAAGCGGCGGCGGCUGGGCCCAAGCCGGUACCAGCAGCCCCCACACAGACGCCCCCCACGCGUGGGGAAUGGACACAGGUGGUGAAGCGGGGCAAGAAAAAGAAGGCCACCCCUCCUGCCGCUUCGGCGACACAAGCUUCCAAGUCAUCGGCCCCGGCAGCCAAAAAACUGGCGGUUCCGAAAACCGCGGCGGUAGUGGUAGCUCUUAAGCCCGAGACCAAAGAGUCGUACGCCUCCGUAAUGCUGAGAGCCACUCAAGCAUUUCGGCUCGAGGAGAUUGGCCUCGAGCAUGUUAAUGUGCGGAAGACGGCGGAUGGGGCCCGCAUUCUAGAGGUGGUGGGGGCAGAUAAUGGCCGCACCGCCGACGCUCUGAAGGUGCGCCUGGAAGAAGCCAUAGGAGACGCGGCACGGGUCUACAGACCCGUCAAGAUGGCUCGUCUCCGAGUCUCCGGCCUCGACGAGGCUGCCACACCGGAAACAGUGGCUAGGGCGAUUGCGGCCAAAGGGGGUUGCUCGCAUGCGGAUGUCCGGGUUGGGGAUAUCCGCAUCGGCUACAAAGGCGCUGGCUCGGCUCUUGUACAAUGCCCUAUAGAGGCGGCGUGCGCUGCGGCGUCGGCAGGGAGGGCGACAAUAGGGUGGUCAUCCGCCCGAAUCAAAGCACUUGAACCUGGAGUGCUCAGGUGCUUUAAGUGCUUGGGCAUCGGACACACUAGGGCCACGUGCCCCUCCCCGGUAGAAAGAGGAGACCUGUGCUUCCGCUGCAGCAAGCCGGGGCACCGAGGGGCGGACUGCCAAGCAGAGGCCUUCUGCGCAGUCUGCCACCAGGCGAAAUUGCCAGCAGGGCACAGGAUGGGCGGUAUCUCAUGUAACCCCCCUAAGGUAAAGGGGGUGGAAGCCCUCAAUGGGAAUCGUGGGGCUUCAGGAAAGGCCACCCCGGCCGUUGACCCAAGCCCCCCGCUGACGGAACAGGUGAUUGAGGGUCAGCCCAUGGACCAAUAA